GACAACUUCGCUGAGAAGACCUGUUGUACUGUUAUUCUCGACACUAACAUCAAUAUAGGAGAAGCGCUGAUCAGCAAAGGGUUGGCCACUGUUGUCAAGUAUAGACCGGAUGACGACGCGAGGGCCAGCGCUUACGACUCGUUUCUGGCGGCGGAAUCAAAGGCCCAAAAGAGCAACAAAGGGAUCCAUUCGGACAACAAAGACGCCGGUAUUGUGCGUAUCGUUGACUUGAGUACAGACCAGUCGAAAGCCAAACAAUAUCUUCCGUUUCUACUCCGCAACCAAAGCGCACGAAAGGAGGCGUCCGUGGAGUUUGUGUUCCCCUCGUCUUCCAAACUGAAACUAUUUGUUCCCAAAGAGAACUGUCUGUUGAAUCUGAUUCUCGUGGGAAUCAGUUCUCCGAAGAACAAUGAGUUGAUUGGUUCCGAAGCGCAUAAUUUUGUGAAACAACGAAUCCAUCAAAAGGACGUUCAGAUGAGCAUAGAGGCCAUCGACAAAGUCGGCAAUUUUAUAGGUUGGCUGUACUUCGAGCACAACAACACUCAACACAAUCUGGCCGUUGAGCUGAUCCGCAACGGAUACGCCAGCGUUCGUGACAUCAAUAAGUCUAAUGAGUUGAAUGCAGCCGAAGCCGAAGCCAAACGUCAAAAACUCGGCGUUUGGAAGGAUUAUAAGGAAGAGGAGCACAACGAGGCCUUAGAGGAGGCCAUCACUGAAGAGCUGAACGAAAAGGAGAGCUCGGAUUUGGCGCACAGGAAGAAAGUGAUCGUCACUAACAUAUCGAGCGGUUUGUCUUCAUUUCACGCCCAGUAUGUCGACGACGGACCCAAACUCGAGGAACUCGGUUUGUCUUCAUUUCACGCCCAGUAUGUCGACGACGGACCCAAACUCGAGGAACUGUUGACUGAACUCCGAGAGGAACUGACGGCCAAUCCUCCACUGCCAGGCGCUUAUAAGCCAAGCAAAGGUGAUCUCGUUGUGGCCAAGUUCUCGGUGGAUCAGCUCUGGUAUAGAGCAAAGAUUGAGAAGAUUGUGUCGAAUAAUGAGAUUCAAGUGCUUUAUGUUGAUUACGGCAAUCGGGAAACAGUUAACUCCAGAAACAUCGCUGCCAUGCCGUCCUCCAAGUUCUCGGGUCCGAGUCCGGCGGCUAAGGAGUACGCCCUGGCGUUCGUACGGCUCGACACUGACCCCGACUUUGUCGAUGAGGUGAGGAACGCCUUCUCUGAUGAGACGGCCGAUCGAGUGUUGCUUCUGAAGAGCGAAUACAAAGACGCGUCAGGACUCGAAGCGGUGACUCUUGUGGAUGAAGAGACCAAAAAAGAUAUUGUCCUCCAAUUGGUAUCCGACGGACUCUUCUUCGUUGACUUCAACGCAGGACAGCGNUCCAAUCGAGUGGCAAAUAUCGCACAAAUCUUAGACAAAGAGGCGGUGAGGAAGCGUUGGAUUGAAGCCAAUGGCAAAGAGCCCACAACUGAAGACGUGCAGCGAAUGCACGAUAAUUUCAUACCUCAAGUCUUGUCGAGUCUCACGAAAUACAGUAAUGUUAUCGAAGGCGUGGCCGAUGUGGUGAAACGGCUGAAGAGAGCGCCCUUCAGCCUCAAGAUCGGCUCCACCACUGGUUAUCCUAAAGAAGUGCUUAAAAUACUAUUGCAAGCGAGCAGUACUCAAGGCUUUAUUCCGGACGCAUCGGUAUGUUUGGAAGAAGUACCCGAAGCCAACCCCUCUCAGCCCAGCCCAGCCCCGCUAUGGCUGUGCGCUAUAAGACUGGGUCUCUCGCCUAUUGAAUUCAAAGUGGACGAUUCAGUCAAUGGUAUAGCGGAAGGCCUAUUGGCGGGCGUCUGGACUGUGGGCAUCGCUAAAACAUCUUCUUAUGUGGGCCUAAAUGAGCAGCAAUUGGAUGAACUGAAGUCAGCAGAACUGCGGAUGCGAUUACAGCGCGCGUACGACGCCCUGAGCGGCUCUGGAGCUCAUUAUGUGAUCGACACUAUCGCUGACUUACCCGUUGUCAUCGAUGAUAUCAAUAGGAGGUUAGCCAACGGAGAGAAACCUUAGGCCUUAGGUCUCACUUAUAAUGACGUAUUCGACAAAACAAUUUGUUUGGUUUUGUUUGCACUGGAAUUCAGGGUUUGCCGCAUCCUUUCGUAGUGCAUAAACAUAGUAUUUAUACCGUAUUUAUAUGUUUAAAGCUUUUUACAACAUAUUUAUUGUUAUGAAAACCCAGUCGAAAACAAUCAAUUGUAUGUG